GCGCCCCUCCCCUCAGUCAAGAUGGCGGCGCUGAGGGCGGCGGGGGCGGCGCUGCUGCGGCCCCGGGCCGGGCCGGCCCCGGCUGUGCUGGGCUACCACAAGAAGGUGGUGGAUCACUACGAGAACCCGCGCAAUGUCGGCUCCCUCGACCGCAAUUCCAAGAACGUGGGCACCGGCCUGGUGGGCGCCCCGGCCUGCGGCGACGUCAUGAAGCUGCAGGUGGAAGUGGAUGAGAACGGCAAGAUCGUGGACGCUCGCUUCAAAACGUUCGGCUGCGGCUCAGCCAUCGCCUCCAGCUCGCUGGCCACGGAGUGGGUCAAAGGGAAAACGGUUGAUGAAGCGCUGAAAAUCAAGAACACAGAUAUUGCCAAGGAACUCUGCCUUCCCCCUGUCAAACUGCACUGCUCCAUGCUGGCUGAAGACGCCAUCAAGGCUGCCUUGGCUGAUUACAAACUGAAGCAGGAUCCAAACAGAGAAUCCAACAAAGAAUCCGACAAAACAGCCGACAAUGCCUGAACUGCCUGCGCAGCUUCCCCCCCUCACUCCCUCCUCACUCUGCAGUGCAAUUCCCGAGCUGUUGUAGGACCCUGUGCACUACUCAAGCUGUAAGAUACGCACAAGUUACGCACAACGUGUCCCUGUGGUGUCCAGGCACCCCCUAGUGCUCCCCUGGCUGGGGGCUGCUGUCCCCUCGGGAAUGCCGCGGGACGACUCCGCUCCGGAGACCCAACCCCGCUGUCCGGUACUGGAAGGGCUGCACUUUUCAUUUUUGUUUUGGGAAGAUGUCUAGUUUUGCCUAAUAUCUUAUGGAAUUUGGUGGGAA